AUGAGCCCUUUAAUACGACGCAUUGCAGUGCUACUUGUCGCUUUCACCUUCCUGUACCUCUCCUUUCGCCAGCUUACUCUCGGUGUUGAAUUCCCGUUACCGACCGCCACAUCUUCGAAUCGAGUCAAAGGACCCAUACGAUGGAAAGAGAUACCUCCUAGAUACACUGUCGCCUCGACCAUCGCCCUGCCGACGGGCACACCUCCCGCCAUUCCCCGCAUACAGCACGAGUUUGGGGUCGAGACGCAGCACACCAAGGCGGAAAGAUUACACAGACAGGCUGCUGUGAAAGAGGCCUUUUUGCAUUCCUGGAACGGUUACAAGAAGCAUGCUUGGCUGCAAGACGAAGUCACUCCGGUGACAGGAGGCUUCACCAAUGCGUUUGGACAGCGCGGUGCAACACUCGUCGACACCUUGGAUACGCUGGCUAUCAUGGGUCUGGACGACGAGUUUGCAGAGGCUGUAAAGGCUGUCAAGGGGAUCGACUUCACUACGAGUGCCAUUUCCCGUCUGAAUGUGUUCGAGACCACGAUACGCUACCUGGGUGGACUGUUGGGCGCAUACGAUGUCAGCGAGGCGAAACACCACGUCUUGCUCGACAAAGCAAUCGAGCUGGGAGACAUGUUAUACGCAGCAUUCGACACGCCGAACCGGAUGCCAAUCGGGCGAUGGGAUUGGGAAAGCGCCGCUGUACGCAAAUACCAACAAGCCGACGGACAAGGCCUCAGCGCAGAGCUCGGCUCCCUGACCCUCGAGUUCACUCGCCUCACGCAGCUAACAGGCGACCCAAAGUACUACGACGCCGUAGCCCGCAUAACCGCCCUGCUGUCAAAACACCAAGACCGCACCCAAAUUCCCGGCCUCUUCCCCAUCCACAUCAGCCCUGCGCGCGAAGACUUUGCUUCCGACUCCCACUUCACCAUGGGCGGCAUGUCCGACAGCCUCUACGAGUACCUGCCCAAGCAACACUUGCUGCUCAACGGCCUGGAUCCGCAGUACCAGAACCUGUUCUCGAACGCGAUGCGCGAAGCCAAACAGCAUCUCUUCUUCCGCCCGCUGAACCCGCAGAACAAGGACAUCCUCAUGUCCGGCUCUGCGCGCAUCAGCGGCGCAACGGGGCGCACGAAACUCGACCCCGUAGCGCAGCAUCUCUCGUGCUUCGCGGGCGGCAUGGUCGCGCUCGGCGCCCGCGUCUUCAACCGCUCCGCCGAGCUCGCCGUCGCGCGCAAGCUGGUCGACGGGUGUAUCUGGGCGUACGACAGCACGCCUUCGGGCAUCAUGCCGGAGCAGGCCAAGCUCAUCCCGUGCCGCGGGGACGCGGACUGCGCGUGGCAGCCCGAGAAGUGGAACACGGCCGUUCGCUCCGCGGGCGUCGACGAGUUCGAUCGCAACCUCGACGCGGCCGAUAUCAUCAAGCAAGACGGGCUGCCGCCGGGGUUCGCGCGGAUCAGCGAUCGACGCUAUCUGCUCAGACCAGAAGCCAUUGAAUCCAUAUUCAUCCAGCACCGCAUAACUGGCGACCCCGCGCUCGCCGACGCCGCAUGGCGUAUGUUCACGUCCAUCGCGAACGCAACGCGGACGCCGAUCGCGCACUCGGCCAUCGCCGACGUGACGCUGCCCGUUGGCCACGCCAGCCAGAAACUCGAUCAGUGCGAGAGCUUCUGGAUGGCCGAGACGCUCAAGUAUUUCUACCUCGUCUUCAGCGAUCCCGAACUCGUUAGUCUCGAUCACUGGGUUUUUAAUACGGAGGCGCAUCCGCUGCGCAGGCCGCAGGCGGAGAAACGCGUGGGUGAGUGA